ACAUUAUUGCAACUAGCCUCAGUUGUUUUUUAAGUUUCCUGUGAGUGACUCAGUGUAGCGGUGUGUAACUUAACGGCGUGUUUUUUUUAGCGGUAAAUUAAUUAUCUGAAUCUGUGAAUAUGUCUGCUAACGGACCCGGAGAGCACAGAACAGAUGCAAGAACACAGCCGGAGGGGGCUUCUUCACCCCCUGCUCCUCAGGCCAUGCAAGUGGAUGCCAAACCCCAAUCACACAGCUUCAGAUACCGCCUUGAUUACCCCAGCAUGGGCCAGUGUAUCAUCAUAAACAACAAGAACUUUGACAGGAGGACAGGCAUGAAUCAGCGAAAUGGUACAGAUGUAGACGCAGCCAAUGCGAUGAAAGUGUUCGCCAAGUUGGGAUACAAAGCGAAGGUUUUCAAUGACCAGACAGUCGGGCAGAUGGUACAGAUUUUAACUGAUGCAUCAAAGCAAGAUCACAGCAGCUCAGCGUCUUUUGUCUGUGUUCUGCUGAGUCAUGGAGAUGAAGGUGUGUUUUUUGGUACGGAUGGCUCAAUAGACCUCAAGUCCCUGACAUCACUUUUUCGGGGUGAUCGUUGCAAAUCCCUGGUGGGAAAGCCCAAACUUUUUUUCAUCCAGGCUUGCAGAGGUACUGAUCUGGAUCCAGGCAUUGAAACAGACAGCCCAGAGGGCUCCACCAAGAUCCCAGUGGAAGCGGACUUCCUCUACGCCUUCUCCACAGCCCCAGGUUACUACUCCUGGAGGAAUACUAUGACCGGAUCCUGGUUCAUCCAGUCACUGUGUGAAAUGAUGAGCAAAUAUGGAAAAGAAUUGGAGCUCCAGCACAUCCUGACACGGGUAAACCACAAGGUGGCAGUAGAGUUUGUCUCUGUCUCCAAUUCACCCGGCUUUGAUGCAAAGAAACAAAUCCCAUGCAUUAUGUCAAUGCUGACCAAAGAGAUGUAUUUUUCUCCCUAAUGUCACUGUAUCAGAAGAAUUCAGCCUGACAAGGCGUCAUCUGCAGAUGAAAGGCUUGAGGGAUGUGUACGGGGGGAUGUUUGUGAAUUAUUUUAGUUUACACUUUAUGAGUGUCUCAUUAAACCUCAGCUUAUCUAUUUCUGGGCAAGUAGACGUGAUGCAAAUAUGCUUUCACAUUUCACAAGCUUGGCAUUAUAAGGUUUCUUCUGUGUGGGUUACAUUUGGGAGAUAUUUUUUAUUAUUGUUUCUUUUUUGUAUCCCAGCUGGAAAAUUAUUUUGUAUUCUCUUUUAAACGUUUUAACCUUUUUAAAAAGGUUAUUUUUAAAAAUUCAUUCAUCAGCAUUAAACAAAUCAUGAAUCUUCAGAUAAAAUUGGUCCUGUUAUUCUAAGCUCACAGUUUGAUACCAGUACUGUAGAUGCCUCUUUGCUGUUUACAAUAUCCAAAUUUCAGGGAAAUGUAUCUGGAGCCAGUUUGAUAGGAAGUUUGACCUUCUAUAUUUGUUUAAUCAUGAAACAUGGAACAUUUUUUUUAUGACUCAGCAGUUUAUUUUAUCUUUACUCUGUAUGCAAGACAACAGUCUGAUGAGGGGAUCAUGUGUGUUAUUUCUGUGCCUGUUUUUUCUUUUCUUUGUAUACAUUAUUGUUCUUUGGUUUGACAGUGAGUGAGUGCAUAUUUCUACCAUUUGCACAGUUUACACAUACGAAAAUAACCAAUCAUGUUGUGAAUUUGUUUGCAAACCUUAAAUAAACAACACCUGUAAUCAAUAGGUAAAUUAAAGGAUAAUGUUGUGUUGCAAAUUCAGGUACAUCCCAUAAGCUGCCGUGUGUACUGUUAACGAUAAAGCUCAGAAUUCAUUUUUUAAUAUUUUUCAUAGCCUUUGUUAUUUUCUAAACAUGGAUUUCUUUAUAUGAACUGUUGCAUGUGAAUAUCUUAAAAUGAGCUCAGUUGUCAUAGCAUGGACGAGUAAAGCCAGCCAACGUGCACAAUGCUGUUAUUACCUGUAUAUCUUGCUAAGGUACUCAUACUUGAACACAACUUAACAUUUCAUAUUUAGUUGUCAUUUUUGUACUGUUUUUUUUAAAGACUAACAGCAAAAAGGAUUCCUUUUCAGAUUGCUUUUGUAGUUCCUGACUUCUUUGAAAAUGUGAGUCAAACUAAUAUUGGUAAGAAUCACUGAUGUGUGAUUCAUUUGUAGCAAAGCACAACAGAUUACAUUUAAUAUUUACAGCAAAAUACAUUAAAUCAGUUUUUCUGAUAAACAUAUUCCA